CGGUCUCGCUCUUGAUCAUCUAUAAUCCUCGUUCUCGCGCGUCCCCAGCGCUCAUCGCAUCCACAAUGGCGCCCAUCGUGACCUAUCCUCCAUACAACCAGCCGAGCGUCGCGCCCUCGCCUACGGUCCAGCCUCCGCGCGAGCUGCUCGCCCUCCGUCGCCCACCUCCCUCCACCGCGCCCGCUCCGCCCGCGCGCCCAUCCCUCGCACCUCCUCCGAAGGGAUACACGCGCACGCUGCAUGCUGCGCCGGCUGCGUGGCCCAAGACGCUGAAGGAGAGCGUGGGUAGCUUUUCUCGGCAGGCAGACCCCUUCGGCCCCGUGCCCGCCAAGGAGAGCAAGGAGGAGCGCGCGGCGCGCAUCGUCCGUGAGAAGGACGUGAGCUGCGGGCGGCGCAAGGACGCGACGUACUGGUCCAUCGAAGAGGCCGAGGCCUCAUCCCAGCCACCGCAGUGGCUCGCCGUCGAGCGGUGGCACCGAGACGUGCCCGACAACGACGGCAUCACGCUCGUUGUCGCACAUGCCAACGGUCUCCAGAAGGAGCUGUAUCACCCCAUGAUCGCGAAGCUGCUCCAGAAGUCAGAGCCCGGGGCCUUGUUCGGAACAGGCGCCCCGCUUGACCCCGCAGUGAUGGUGCCGAUCAUUAACGACGUCUGGUUCCUCGACGACGUGCACCACGGCGCCAGCGUGGACCUGAACGCUGGCAAGCUGGCGAGCAUGUACGCGUGGGCUGAUUGCGCGCGCGACUGCCUCAACUUUGUGAAGCACGUUCUUCCCACUGCUGGCGGCUCGUACCAGAUGAAGUGGAGCGAUGGUGUCACUGCGCCUCCGGUCAUCGGCGUCGGCCACUCCAUCGGCGGCAACGCCAUGGUGCAGGCUGCGCGUGCUGCGCCAGGAUGCUUCUCCGCACUCCUCCUACUGGAGCCCAUGUGCCAGCCGGCUCUCGGCAACGUCCAGGUCAAGAUGGGCAACCCAAUCGUGCAGGGCGCGCUGAAGCGCCGGUCCGAGUGGCCCUCGGUCAAGUCGGCCGCCGAGAGCCGCACCAACCCCAUGUUCAAGACGUGGGACCAGGACGUCUUCGAUCUGUACCUCCAGACCUCUCUCGUGCCGACAGGCAACGGCGAGGAGGUGACGCUCGCGACGCCCAAGUGGGCCGAGGCGGCCAUUUUCUCGGACCCCGAGGGCCCACAGCGCGGAUGGGACGCCCUGCCCGAACUCCGCUGUCCUGUCGGCUUCGUGCUUGGCGGCGACCCGAUGUGGCUCGGCGGGCCCAAAGUCGUUCCCGAGAUUCCCUGGCGCGCACCCCGCAGCCGCAACGAGCGCAUCAUGGCGGGCGGACAUCUCCUGCCCCAGGAGAGGCCAGCAGAGUGUGCGGACGCGGCAUGGCGCUUCUUCACGACCCUGGCGGCAGGCCAGUGGGAUGCGACGGCGAGCAAGCUGUAGUUUGCAUGCGACCAUAGAAAAUACAUGCAUCAGUCUUAGUCUU